UGUUACGCAUGCGCAUUGUGCGCUGAACCGUUCGAAGGCAGCAGCGCGAAAAAGUAGCUCGACUGUUAACUUGUCUUACAGCUAGCUAGCUAGGUAGUUUGCGAUUUUUUUUGCAAAGAUGCGUAGCUACUACAUUUGUGUCUCAACGUUAUAUAACUUCUUUUAGGUCUUAAUGUGUUGAACAAGAACGCUUCUUAUUGUUGCUUCACUAGUGUUGUCUUGUUUAGCUAGCUACUUUAGUUUAACGUGAGCCACAACGUUACGUAAAAACAUUGGGUUAUAUUAGCUACUUUAUCGUUAACUAAUAUAGCUGACGUUAUGAAGCCAGUAAGAGGUUCUAACCGGGCCGCAUCGAAAGAACCUAACUUGAAAAACAAGAAAAAAAGAGAUGAGACGACGGAUCAACAAGCGGCAGAGCAUCAGGACCCAGCGCACACUGAAAAAAAACACGGCAAGAUCUCCCACCCAAAACCAGCACAGAAGAGGAAAGCUGAAGGCUCAUCUUCGGACCCAAAGAAAGUCAAAGGUGAGGACAAGUGGAAGCUGAUGCCACGAUCCUCAAUCACUGCUCUGGAGAACAUAAUGGACUUGUCAAUACUAGCAACUCUUGCUUUGAGACCGAAAGAGAAGAAAGAGAGCCAGGAACAUCUGAACAUAAUGAAAACCAGGUUUCUUGCUCAAUGUGCAGAGCUCAAAGUUCCCGUGCAGAAACAAAACGAUUUGGAGCGAUCAUCUCAGCGCCGCCAGGAGGAGGCCAAGAAGUCUGUGGUUGGAAAGACAACUCUGAGCACUCUGGAGGAAGACUUGAGGGCUGUGGUCCACGCUCUGGAGAAAACCGACGAGCACACGGUCUCUUUACAGCACGCAUCAAGCAUGCUGAGAGACCAGGUGGAGGAGGAGGACGAGAAAGCUAAAGAGGUCUUACAGAUAGCUGAACAAGCAGAUCUCAACCUCCCCCUGCUACCUCCACAAAAAGAUGAAACUACAUUAGAGGCUCGAUUGAGAAAAAUUAUACCAGACAGUGACUCUGAGACCGCUGCCCGGAAACUGGGAGAAAUCCUGCAGCAACCAGAGGCCAUUCAGGAUGCCCAGGCGCUGCUGCUACAGGCACACAGACACGCCGAUCAGCUCUUCAACCCGAUCAGUGGUGCACCUUGUUCAGAUGGGUACCUCACCAAAUCUCUGCUUACAUAAGUCUUUAUUUUUUAUUUUUUUUUUUUUUUUUUUUUUAUAAAGGAACACUUAAAGAAGUUUGCAAGUGUGCACACAUCUUUUGGAGCAAUAUUACUGCAAUAAUCUGCGAUACCCAUUUAGUGAAAACAAUUGCAGCCACUAUGUGAAGUAUUAGAAAAUGUCCAAAUUUGGCGGAAACAAUAGUAGCAAAAAAAAAAAAAAAAAAAGAGACACUGGGGCAGACUGCAAUCGUGGCUCUUCAAAACUGAACUUGUUUUGGUGGAUUAUUGCACCCUGCAAAAGAAAACGCCACAUACAAUAUUAAAUGAAGUUGACUGUUAACACAAUACAGAACCGUGAGCGAUUUAAAAUUAGCUGGAGACAUGGUUAAACGUCAUUUGCUCCAUCGCCAUGUGCAUUUUGGCCAUAGCAGAUCCCUUCAGAUGGAGAGUAAAUUCCGUAAACCUAUUCUUUUGUAACUCUUUACAAUCAUUCCCCCGAAAGAACAAAGCAGGGCUGCCUUGUUGCACGAUCCCAUUAUCCCCCCCAAAAUGGGCCAUUUUCAGCAUGUAACGUUGCUCUGGUUCCAGUUAAUGGUUACAGGUUUCCUCGAUACAACCGGAGUUUAAAGUAAACCCAAAGAAAGCGGGAAGCGAGGGAUAUCCGGCGAACUACCGGCAGCGUGGGAACGAUUUCGUAAAUGAGCCGUUGUCGAUACAGACUAUAUACACCCUAACCGUUUUUAACAGUAUGCUGCCCUCAGUAUUUUACAGCAUUCUAUAUUAGAUGUAAAUUAUAAUUAAAUUGACUGUUGCACAGUGUGGAUGAAUUUGUUGUUGUUUUUUUGUUAGAAAGUUCAGAUAUCUGACUUCUCUGUCGUCAUUUGAGCCUAAAUACCAGAACACAAACCACAUUAAAGAAAUACUAUACUUGCAAAUAAAGACUAAAGGUUUGUAAAACAAUGAUUAAAAUGUGUCCAUGGGUCCUUGAAGACAUGAGUGCAUGCUGUAGAAGUAUAAAUUAUGAAUGAACAGAUGUAAUUAAACAGACAUUAAAACAUU